UGCCCCCUUGUUUCAAUUGUAUCAACAGUUCACAAAAAGCUGCAAAAUUCGCAGCGGUGUCAGAUUCCGUUCUCUUCUCCUCCUCCUCCUUUGCGGGGAGCAAAAUGUCGAACUCCGGAGACCAAACCCUAGCCGCGACACCACCAGCAGCACCGCCAGCGGCAACCGAAGAAGAAGAAGCGGUGGCAGAACAGAGAGUCUCCGACAACGACAACGCCAGCGAGCAGUCCUCCCAGGAAUGGGAGACCAUGGCCCGAGCUUGGCUCUGCUCGUUCCCCGAGGCCAAAGCUGUCUCCAUGGACGAGGUCGAAGCCUGGAUCGACUCCAACUUCGAUUUCAUACCCCAAGGCAUCAAGUCCAUGCCCCGCGGCGACCUCUGCCACCGCCUCAUUGCCAUUCAGAAUUGCAUGCGACUCCCCAACCAGGACCCACAUUCUCCAAUUCAGGAUGGAAAGGAAGAAAACCAGGGUGAUAUUCCACAUGCUCGAUUUAAGCGCACCGAUCAAUGGAGACCGGCUUACAUUUGGUUAGAAUCGUUGGAGAAAGAUGACGUGGUUAAGUCCAAAGAUAUAGCCGACUGGCUAACUGAGAACCCGGAUAUCCAAGCAGAGUUGUGCUCUAGGCAUUCUAAGUAUCAUUUGAUGCACUAUAUCAAGAAGUGCCAUAUGAAGAUACUGAAGAGGCGGGAAAAGAAGAAGGUAGUGGAUACUUCUUGUUUUAGCCCAAUUAGCCUAGAAAAUUCCAAGCGUCUGUCUGAAGAUGCAGAUGCUUCUUCGAUAUGGACCACAUCAGGUAUCAAGCAGCCUGACAAACCAGCCUCCCUAAAGGUUCACAAAGACGUGGCAAUGAAACAAGAAGCUUUGCUGCCAUCUCCACUCUCUGUAUGCAAUGCAUUGAUCAAUGCACCUAAAGAUGGUGACGCAUAUGUGAUGAAACGAAAGGAAGCAAUCCAGAAAUAUGAGAUAUUAGUGGAGCUGGAGAAGCUGCUUGCCCCCACCUUUUUAAGGCGUGAAGUUGCAAACAAAUGAAGGGAUUAUGAAACACCAGAGUCGCUCCUAUGUCCUGCCUGCGCAUUUGUAGUUCUGUAAUGUAGAAAGAGCUUUGCUAACUCGUUACUAGUUUUGAGCUUUUAACUGAUCCGAAUGAUAGUUCUCCUUAGGAAAACCGAGAUACAACUUCUCCUAGAUUAUAUAUUUCCCGUAUAGUUGUACCGAUACUACUUCUCGUAGAUUAAUGAAUCGUGAACCUUGACUUGCACUGGA